AUGCUCACCCCUAGGCUGAUCCGUCAGGUGUCUACGUUGCGCAGAAACGUGCGACCUUCUCGGCAUAUUGCUGGAGCUUUGCAAUGUACCAUUCGACGGUUCAAUUCCUCCAAUCCAUCAAGUACAGGCCAAUACACUCCCGACCCCACCGAUCAGAAUGAUUCGCAAGAAGAUGGCAAACGAGGUCGUCCAAACGACGAACCUAACCUGAAAUCAACCAUUUUGAAAAUGCUUGAGACAGCCGCCACUACGGCCGCCUCAAUUGCUAUCUUAGGGUUGGACCACCCCUUUCCUCGCUAUUGCACGUUACUAGCAGGUUACUCCUACCAUAGGUACUACAAGUACCUAAUUUUGGAGAAAAUGGACAAUGCGUUCAAGCCAGGGGAUCCCGCUCUGGAGGUCGCAGGUGUUGUUUCGGGGAAGCACCACUAUCGCGAUGAAGAGCAUUGGGUUACGCGAGAUGAACAGCCCCGGAUUGACGAAAUCGUCGCCGGGCGACGGGUGGGCCACUACUAUCUGAUUGUCGGCGAGAAGGGUACCGGCAAGACAUCAAUGCUACUUGAAGCUAUGCGCAAGAUUGAUGGGAACAGCUGCGCCUUGUUCGACGCACAUGCCGACCUGGAGAUUUUUCGGAUUCGCUUGGGAAAGGCCCUCGACUACGAGUUUCACGAGGAUUAUAUCGGUAGCUUGUUCAGCAUACGGGGUCCACGUGACACGACGCCGCUGCUGGACAUCGAACGAGCUUUCAACAAGUUGGAGAAAGUUGCUCUGAAAAGAAGAAAGGCCGGCUCGCCCCCGCUCAUCCUCAUUCUCAACAGCACGCAUCUUGUGCGAGACGAUCAUGACGGGCAAGACUUGCUUGAGAUGAUUCAGCAGCGCGCUGAGCAGUGGGCUGCGAGUGGGUUGGUGACGACCAUUCUCAACAGUGACGAUUACUGGGUGUAUGAGCGUCUCAAGCGCUAUGCAACACGCAUGGAGGUCAUUGCAGUCUCUGAUCUUCCCAAAGACAAAGCAAUGGCGGCGCUGCGCAAAUACCGCAAACAGUUCCGUCACGAAACUCUGCCCGACUCGGUUUUAGAAGAAGUCUACGACAAAGUUGGCGGACGCCUGUCGUUCCUGAACCGAGUUGCGAAGUCACCAGAUGUCCUGAAGACAUGUGAUGAGAUUUGUCUCGCGGAGAAGACGUGGUUUUUGAACAAAUGCUGGGUUCUUGGCUCGGAAAUGGACGAUGAUGUGAUGGAUCAGCAAAAAUACGCGUCUGCUGCGAUGGUGCUAGCUAAAGCACUUGUCGAGGCGGAGAACGACAUGGAGAAAAACUAUGACCCACACAGAGGCCAUAUUCUCCCUGAAAUCCCACUGCACAAAGCGCGGCAAGUCAUGACUCGAGCGGAUUUUAUUCAAUCCUACGACCAUGACAAUAUCUUCACCAUUGACUCCAGGGCCAUGGUGCGCGCUGAUUCAGUGCCUAUGCAGCAGGCGUUCCGGGAAAUUUGUGCCGAGGAAGGAUUUGAUCAGUAUCUAGAUGAUACCUUGAUACGUAUCGGUGAUAUUGAGAGUCUCGGACGUACUCGUGAAUUGACCAUCAAGGAUCUGUGGGAUCAGGGCAAGUACCGCGUCGUGGUCAAAGACAAUCACGGGCGCGAGAGCGGUACGGUGGAAUUCGCCGUUGCGGAGCGCGAAGGGAACAAUGACGAUUGA